AUGCGCAACCACAGAGUGAUGGAGCGACUUCCAGGCCAAGAUGAUGAACUCUGCACUGACGAGGAGGGCGGGGCGGUGGCGCUGCUCGGGGUGGGCCACCCUCGCCGCUGGCGAGUCAGGGCCGGACUCGUCACGGCCGCGGCGGCUCUCGGACUCGCCAGCCUCGUGCUGACGAUGGCUCCAUGGCACCACGGAGCAGUCACUGCGGACGGUCGUCAUCGGCGGCGGGGUCAAAGGGACACAAAGAUGUUUCACUCCCUGAACUCUAACGAACUAGACACGUCGACCCUACUGACGGAAGCGAUGAUAAAGGGGGACCUCCACCUCUACGUGCAGGACGCAACCAUCUUUACUGAGAAUGACGACAUCGUCAUCCUGGACACUGAUGGCGACCCCUCCGCCAGCGAGGAUGCAGUAGUGAAGAGCGUUGAGAACGGCAAGGUGAUACUCGUAGAUCCUGUGACGCAGAGCCUUCCAUCAAAUUCCGUUGUGAUCGUUCCAGCAAGCUCCGAGUCUGCUACAGGCUCCCACUACGUCAGAGAACACUCAGGCGCUAACGCUGACGGUGGAAAUAACAUGGCAUUCGCACUCAUGGUGUGGAGAGGUAUCCUUCUGUUUUUACUCCUCCUGUUCCUGAUCAUCCUCCUUAUCCUGUGCAUAUUCUGUAUGUGCUGUCGGAAAGCGACGGGCGCGGCAAAGACUGAGGAUGAGGAUGAGAAGUCGGAGGAACCCAUGGAACCAACGAAGUUCAUCUUCAAGCCGUCGGAUGACAGGGCUGUCAUCUGUCUCGAGGCGCCCAGCUUCGAUGCACCGGAAACAGGCCAUAAAAUGCAACCGGGCGAGAUAUUCACGGCCGUUGCGCAGCGGUUGCCGAUGGUGUUUGAACGCUUCUCGACCGUUGGAACGAAAGACGUGACGCUGGAGGACGAAGUUGAAACUUCUGGCAUGCGGUUCCUGAAGCUCGAGGACGGCAGGGGGUGGGUGUUGGACCGCGAACCUGGCUACGAGAUGUGCUACGAGCUCUUCACGGAGGUGGACGAGCCCUGGAAGUACGAGCCGGCCUUCGGCCAGAUGCCUAUCCUCCAGGCGCCAGACAUCGCAGGGGCAAGGACGGGGUCCAGGCUUCACCCGGGCGAGAAGUUCAGGGUGUGCGAGAUGCAGGCUUUCGACGACGGCGGCACCAUCUUCCUCAAGCUCGCGGGCGGCCAGGGCUGGGUGUACGACAGGGCGACGACAAACGGGGAGGUGCUGUGCAAGAGGAUCCUGGAGGAGACGUGGGUGUACCAGCCUGCAAAGAAAGCGCCCAUAACCAUUGAGACACAUCCCAGGAAAGAAGGAGAGCAUACUGCACACAAGAUCCUUCCCGGGACGCGCUUCGAGGUGGAGGAGAUACAGGCGGGCGACGACGACAUCCUCUUCCUGAAGCUCGCGGACGGCAGAGGGUGGGUGUUCGACAAGCACCCCGAGUACGGAGAGCUGUGCGCGAGGGUAGCCUAG